UUAAUUUGCUUGACUUUUUGAAUUAUUUUUAUUAGUAUAUGAAUCAGUUCAGUUACAGAGCAAUAAAAUAUGAAAGGUACCAUUCACUAUAUUUGACCGCUUUAUGACUACUCGCUCUCAUAGUUCGUUACAUAACCUUCAACAAGGUUCUGUCAGUUUGCUUCUGUAGAAAAAAAAAAUAGUGCAUUUCACGCAAAACUACGGAUUUCCAAAAUACGAAAACCAUCUAGUUCAACUAAUAACUACUGUGUAGAAAAUGGCAUUUCGACAAAUCAUCCGUCGAUUAGCCACCGGGAAAUGUGUUCGCCCCUUCAGCAGCGGCAGUAUGUAUGAGCCGGAAUACCUUGAGUUGCUUCGACCAAAGUAUCCCGUGCAUAACACGCUCAACUUCAGCAUCAAGGGUUUCGACUACCCAAUCCUGGAGAGCUACCAAAGGUUCAUCUACAACGUGGCCGACUCGAUGGAUUUGGAUACUGUCGACUGCUGGGCGUAUCCGCCAAAAAAGCUCAACGUUCAAAAGUUUAAACCAGCUUCGGCCGUAAUCGAGAGCGAGUACAAACUAACGGUGUACGAGCGGAACGUUCAAAUUAUGAAUCUGCAGGCACCGUUUUUACCGACCUUUGUGCGAAUUUUGCAAGCUGCUUUGCCCGAAGGAGUCACACUCUCUGUUAGCGAACAUUCCGAGGAUGUGGAUGAGGCACGCUACGUUCCCGACAGGGAUCUUAUCGAGCUGAAGCAGAAACUGGACGAGAUGGGCGGCUCGAGGGAGAAGAAGUGAAGGGCAGGGUCUGUUGGUGAAAAUAAAGAAGAAUGUAUCACAUA